AGAAAUAGUUUGGCUUGGAACAAAAAUCUUACGGACACAACGGCGUUCAAAGUAUUUUACUGAUUUUCUUUUAUUUUGUUUAAUUUAAUGUUACUUUAAAAUUAAAGUUCAUUAUGUCGGUUCCUCUUAGCAAACAGGGAAAAAUGAUACGCGAGCUGCAGAAAUUAGUUCAAAAACUCCCUGUAGAGUAUCAAAUAAAACUGCCUCGAAAGUUUUUGGUGGAACUGGCUAGUUCUUUAUUGGAUGAAACUGUUUUUGAUAUAGUUAAAAAUCUGACUGACAUUCAACAAAUGACUGAAAAAAGUUUAUUUGAAAGGCGAAUGAACCUCGUAAAUUCUCAUAGAGCAAGCAAAGACAAAGUACUUCAACGUCAUCGAGUAGCCCUGGAUAAUGAAUAUAUGCUGAAUCCACAAAAUGCAGAAUGUUUGAGAUUGAAGCAAGCUAUGGAAAUAAAGGAGUUGGAUCAACAUCAUGAAGAGGAGCUUACACAUUUAGACAUGAAAGUGAUAAUGGAGCUUGAUCAGUCAGUGAGUGAUCAGCAAAUUACUCUGCAAAAAGUUGGGGUACCUGGUUUUUUUCUGAGUAAUAAACCUGAAGAUGUUCGACUGCAGAUGUAUCUGUUGGAGUUUAUAACCUUUUUAAGUUCAAAAGAACUGAGGACUUGAGAAGAAAUUCAUCAUCUUUAAAUGUUAUCCAAUGAAAGUAUUAUCCACAGGUGAUAUAUAGAGUGGAAAUAUGAAUGGGGCCAAAUAAGAAAACCUUUAGCGUUAAAGAAAGCGUUUAGGAGAAACCUCUAAACGCACAUAAAGCGGAAGAGAUCAAAUAAGGAAAUGCCUCAAAACGAAAGAAAUUAACGAUAUAUAUCUAUACUAUAUAUAUAUAUUUGUGAGGCUUUAUUUGAAGAGAUGUUCUCUCUAAAAGAGACCUACAACCGCUGCAGUCAUCGUGCACUAAAGACGAUGCUAUCAAUGAUUUAUUUUUAGAGAUUAAAGUUAAAUUUAAAAAAAACAAAAAAAAAAACACUUAUAGAAAAAACUAAUUUCAAAGAAACAAACCUCUUAUUUUUUAAAGCUAACUAAUUAUGAUAUAAAUUAAAUGCAAACUUAAGAAAACAUAAUUGUUCAUUUAUUUUAUUACUAAUUGUUUUGAGAGUCAUAGUUGGUAAAUUUGUUUUCACUCAUGGUUAUAUGAAUAGGGGUCAUUUCUAUUGAGACUAAAUUUUAUUCAUCAACCCGUUCUUGUGACACCAACACAGGUGCAUUUCUGCAGCAUGAAAAUGCCACUGAAAAACUUAAAUUAGUAAAAUAAAUUGUUCGCGAAAAACUUAUCUUCAAUAACAUUUUAAAAUCAAUGGGGUAACCUCUAAGAAUGACCAAUCUCCAUUAACGAUCAUUUUACUAUGGAGCGAAGGUGGUCACUCCAGAGAGGUUUCACUUUACUAUAAAAUUUUUAUAUUGUGUUCGAGUUUAAAAUUCAUUGAUUUAUUUUAUAUCUAAAUUAUAUUUUUAUAUUUAUGAAAUUUAACUGGUUAUAAACUGAAGUAUUAGGCAGUAAGAUAUUUUGGAACUGUAUCCUGAAGUUUGAUACAUCGUAAAUACUGUUAAAUAUUGUUGAUAAACAACAUUAAAUCUUGUAAAUACUAUUAAAUAUUGUUGUAUAUUUGUCUUAACAGUUCAAUUUUUGUAUUCAUUUUUAAAAGGUCUUUUGCUUUUCAAAUAAAUGUUUUUUUUGAUUA